AUGAUGGUCGCCCCUCGCUCCCCCACUCCGAAAUCUUCUACAAAUCCUGAGACUCCAAAUUCAUCCAUCUCCAGAGAGGUCAGCACUCAGUCCUCUUCAGCUACGACCAGUCAAGGCUAUGUUUUACCAGAAGGCAAAAUCAUGCCAAAUACCGUUUUUGUUGGCGGAAUUGAUGUUAGGAUGGAUGAAACUGAAAUUAAAAGUUUCUUUGCUAGAUAUGGUUCAGUGAAGGAAGUGAAGAUAAUCACGGAUCGAACUGGUGUGUCCAAAGGCUAUGGAUUUGUUUCAUAUUAUAAUGAUGUGGAUGUGCAGAAGAUAGUAGAAUCACAGAUAAAUUUCCAUGGUAAAAAACUGAAACUGGGCCCUGCAAUCAGGAAACAUAAUUUAUGUGCUUAUCAUGUGCAGUCUCGUCCUUUGGUUUUUAAUCCUCCACCAACACCACAAUUUCAGAGUGUCUGGAGUAGCCCAAACACUGAAACUUACAUGCAGCCUCCAACCAUGAUGAAUCCUGUAACUCAGUAUGUUCAGGCAUAUCCUCCUUACCCGAGCUCACCAGUUCAAGUCAUUACUGGAUAUCAACUGCCUAUGUAUAAUUACCAGAUACCACCACAAUGGACUGCUGGAGAACAAAGGAGUUAUGUUUUUCCUCCGGCUUAUACAACUAUUAACUACCACUGUAAUGAGAUUGAUCCAGGAGCAGAAGUUCUGACAAAUGAAUGCUCAAUUCAUGAAGUUACUCAAUCCUCUGGAAAUGGAGCACAGAAGAAAUCUGUGGACCGAAGCAUUCAGACUGUUGUAUCUUGCUUAUUUAAUCCAGAAAGCAGACCAAGAAACUCUGUUGUUACUCAAGAUGAUUACUUCAAGGAUAAACGAGUGCAGCAUUUUAGAAGAAGUCGGGCAGUCCUUAAAUCUGUUUGA